UAUCUCCGCCUCUAGGGUUUUUUUUCUCAUUCAUCACCGAAUCUCUCUCUUCCCCAUGGCGGACGAAUCGCACUACUCUUCGGGCAUCGUCGACGCCCCCAUCAGCCACAAGCGCAAGCACGAGGAGCAGACCACUCCUGCUCCGCCGGCCGGAAUCCGCAGACCCACCGGCUUCUCCUCCGGCCCUAUCCCGUCUGCAUCGCCGGAUCUAGCCGUCGCUGCUGCUGCUCCUCCGCCGCCUUCCUACAACAGCGUUCCGCCUCCGAUGGAUGAAAUCCAGAUGGCUAAGCAGAAGGCUCAGGAGAUCGCGGCUCGUCUCCUCAAUAGCGCCGAUGCCAAGCGUCCUCGCGUCGACAACGGCGCUUCCUAUGAUUCCAGCGACCGAGGGUUUAGCUCCGGUCCUUCUGAUGGCAAGCCUCUUUCAGGCUCGGUUUCGUCGAAUAUACCAGUUUCAUACGGUAGCUACCAGGGCACUACGAAGAAGAUUGAGAUCCCAAACAUGAGAGUGGGUGUUAUCAUUGGAAAAGGUGGGGAAACGAUUAAAUAUCUUCAAUUCCAGUCAGGAGCCAAGAUUCAGAUUACCCGAGACAUGGAUGCUGACCCAAAUGCCCCAACCAGGACCGUAGAGCUGUCAGGCACGCCAGACCAGAUUUCAAAGGCAGAACAGUUGAUAAAUGACGUCCUACAAGAAGCCGAGGCAGGUGGAAUGUCACGUAGGAUGACUGGACAUGCAGGAUCUGAGCAAUUUGUGAUGAAAGUUCCUAAUAACAAGGUUGGUCUUGUGAUUGGUAAAGGAGGUGAAUCAAUUAAAUCUAUGCAAGCUAAGACUGGAGCUCGAAUUCAGGUUAUACCUUUGCAUCUACCCCCUGGAGAUACAUCAACAGAACGGACUAUUCAGAUUGAUGGAACCAGCGAACAGAUUGAGCAUGCCAAACAAUUGGUUAAUGAAGUCAUCAGUGGUGAGAACCGCCUUCGAAACCCAUCAAUGGGUGGAGGAUAUCCUCCGCAAAGUUAUCAAGCACGACCCCCGUCAAGCUGGGCACCUCCUGGUGGCCCGCCAAUGCGACAGCCUGGUUAUGGUUACAUGCAACCGGGAGGGUAUUCUGGUCCUUCACCUCAGUACCAAUCGCCUUACGGAAGUUACCCUCCGCAACAAACAUCCAGUGGUUACCCACCAUCUCAGCAGACCCCACAAGGCGGGUAUGAUUAUUACGGGCAACAACAAAAUCCGCCUUCGCAGCAGCAGAGCAGCGGUGGCUCAGCCCCUCCAACUGAUAGCUCGGGUUAUGAUUACUACCAGCAUCAAUCUGGCUACGGCCAACCUGGUCAGGGUUACCAUCAAGAUGCUUAUGGUGCAUAUAAUCAACAAUACAGUCAAGCCGGGUAUGAUCAGCAACAAGGCUACUCUGCAUCUGGUUAUGGUAACCCGAGCCAAGAGGGUCAAACUCCAUCAUACGGAGGUGGACAGGGAGAUUCAUCUCAAGCUCCUCCACCUGCAGGCCAAUCAGGAUACAGCUCCGGUCAGCAGCCAAGCCCUAAUGCAGCUGCCUACCCUCCUGAGGGUAGUGCUUCUACUGGCCAGGCUGGUUACGGAACCCAACCGUCUGCUCAUUCUGGUUAUGGUCCGGGCUAUGGUGGUGCCCCGCCGAUCCAGAAGCCGCCUCCUGCAUAUGGUCAGAGCCAACAAUCUCCGGGUGCUCCGGGAAGCUACAGUGGCCAGUCUGGGUAUUCCCAACCACCGGCGUCCGGUGCGCCAUCGUCAGGUUAUGCCGCUGCACCGGGUCCGCAACCAGGGUAUGGACCGCCACCAACUUAUGGUCAGCAAGGCUACCCCCAAGCUCCGCCUCCAUAUGGUUCGUACGGAGGAUACAUGCAGCAACCGGCAGGAGGGGACUCGUCCGACGGGUCUGCUCCUGCCGGUGGCGGUGGUGGGACGCCGGGUUCGCAGGGGGGUCAACAAAGUGGAGGAGCCAAAGCGUCGCCCAAGAGCUGAUCCCUCGGAGGUUUUAAUAAGUUCAGCGAAAUGCUAUGCGGUCCCUUAAGGAUUGAGGUAAGGUAUAGUUUUUGUACUUUAUUUUCAUGGGUAGAGAGAUGCAAACUUAGUUAUGUUUUUGUGUUUGGCCGGCCCCUUUUUUUUUUGGUAUUCUCCCGUUUCAGUUGUUCCCCAUCAUGUUUUUUAUUAGAUAAUGCUUUUGUCUUAUUAUUGUUAUUAAGGAAAAUUCAAAAUAUAUGAUAUUUCUAGACUCA